UAGUAGUAGCUAAAUUCAAUAUGCCCCGCCACACGCCACCACCGGCCUCCGCCGAUGUCCGCCAUAUUCAGCAAUACCCGUUCGAAAACCUCUACGCCGGAAAAUAUCCUUGAAUAGAAAUCGGAAAUUCAAAAUGAAAUCUACUCCACCACAACAUCAUUCUGCCGGAAAUUCGCAUCCAGAAUCGCUGCAAUCGCCAGUGAUGGAACUAGAACAAGCGUCGGAAUCCCACCGUCUAUUACCCCCGCCGGAAACGCCUUCCUCCGACGCCGUUUCAGGAAAAUAUGUUGUGGAGGACGUCGAGGAGGAUGAGGAAGCAGCGUACGAGGCACGAGAGAAGAUUCUGAUCAGCGAUUUCGAAUUGGAAUCCGAUAACCACUCCGGCGUGCCGCCGUUUUCGUUUAAGAAGCUGUGGCUGUUCACCGGUCCUGGUUUUCUGAUGAGCAUAGCGUUUCUAGAUCCGGGGAAUCUCGAAGGCGAUCUUCAGUCGGGGGCGAUUGCUGGUUACUCGCUUCUGUGGUUGUUGAUGUGGGCGACAGCGAUGGGGCUAUUGAUUCAGCUUCUCUCGGCGAGGAUAGGUGUGGCGACCGGUCGGCAUUUGGCGGAGCUUUGUCGCGAGGAGUAUCCUUAUUGGGCGGGAAUUGUUCUGUGGUUCAUGGCGGAGCUUGCGCUGAUUGGGGCAGAUAUUCAGGAGGUCAUUGGAAGUGCGAUUGCGAUUCAGAUUUUGAGCCGCGGAUUGAUUCCUCUUUGGAUUGGAGUUCUAAUAACUGCUUCUGAUUGCUUUAUAUUUCUGCUGCUCGAAAACUAUGGAGUGAGGAAGUUGGAAGCUGUUUUUGCAGUUCUUAUUUCAACUAUGGCAUUGUCGUUUGCUUGGAUGUUCAUCGACGCCAAACCAAGUAGAAGGGAGCUCGUGAUCGGCCUUUUGGUUCCAAAACUUAGCUCGAAGACAAUCCGGCAAGCCGUGGGAGUCGUGGGCUGUGUAAUAAUGCCUCAUAACGUGUUUUUACACUCUGCUUUGGUGCAAUCAAGAAGCAUAGAUUCUAACAAGAAAGGCCAGGUCCAGGAGGCAAUUAAUUACUACUCCAUCGAAUCCUCAGCGGCGCUUCUUGUAUCUUUCAUCAUCAAUUUAUUUGUCACGACUGUUUUCGCCGAGGGAUUCUAUGGAAGCAAGCAAGCGGAGAGUAUAGGCCUAGUGAAUGCAGGGCAGUAUCUCGAGGAGAGGCACGGCGGCGGGAUUCUCCCGAUCCUCUACAUAUGGGGCAUCGGGUUAUUGGCGGCUGGACAGAGUAGCACGAUAACCGGGACGUAUGCUGGACAAUUUAUAAUGGGAGGUUUUCUUAAUCUCCGGCUAAAGAAGUCGGUGAGGGCUUUGAUUACCCGGAGCUGUGCUAUUAUACCGACUAUCGUUGUGGCGCUUGUUUUUAACAAGUCGGAAUCGUCCCUCGAUGUCCUUAAUGAAUGGCUCAAUGUUCUGCAGUCGGUUCAGAUACCGUUUGCGCUCAUCCCGCUUCUCACAUUGGUGGCUAAGGAGCCCGUCAUGGGAGAUUUCAAGAUCGGCCCUACACUUAAGUUUGCUGCAUGGACAGUGGCCGCGCUAGUGAUGGUGAUUAACGGGUAUCUACUGCUGCACUUUUUCCUCUCCGAAGUUACCGGGCUGUUCUUCGGCUGCCUCAUCGCCUCCGGGAGUGCGGUGUAUGCAGCACUUGUAGUGUACCUCAUCUUACAUAGCAACAGCAACCAAUUCAGUUGAACAUCGAAUGAUGCAACGCCCCCAGCAUCGGGAGUAACUGAUGCGACUUCCGGCAGCUCCCCUGAGAAACGGUCACUUCCCUUUCGCCGGAAUCUUUUUGAGUUAACGACAGGUUCGACCGAAGCUCACUCCUCGAACUAUAUGUAUAUAUAUAUAUCACAAUUCUGAAUUUGCAGAUUUGAAACUGAAAUUUUCAGUUGAUCGAUCCAUCCCGGGAGGUGCAAUGCAAAGUGGGAUGGAUCUUCUGUUCUUUCACCUAAAUGUAAGUAAAAAAAAUGUGUAAUUUAGUUGGGAAUUGAAUAUGUGGUUCUUGUGA